AUGUGGCGUCCUGUUUCUUCCCUGGACACGGUUGUUAUGGCAACUAUAAACAUUAUGUGGGAGCAUGCAUGGUUGUUAUGGGAACUGUCUGCGGGAGCAUGAAGGAAGCAGGACCGGGGGAGUCCAUGGACAGAGUGGUAGGGUCACUGGGGAAGUGACAACAAUAGGGAAGUGAAUGCAUUACACUGAUCAUCAGAGAGGGGAACUUGAACAAGUAAAAUGCAGCAAAUGCCAGUCUUACAAGAGGGGAGGUUAUGCCGCAUUUUGCCCAGCCUGCCUGCGAUCAAACCAGACAGGUUGAAAGCAGCUAAAGCAUUGGUGGAGAAAGCAGUCAAGUUGAGGAAAGUGUUUUCAGUGCGAGGGCCCUAUCCUGUGAUCCGUGCUGCCUUAUGGGCCAGAGGGUGGGUGGAACGUCGUUUGCCAAGUCCGGUCCAGAGAGCACCUUAUUGCCAUGGUGAUGAGGAGGAGGAUGGGGAUGAUGGCCUUGUCAGUGCUGAUGUUACUGAGAGAGUGGAUGAAGGCGAGAAAGAGGAGAACCACGAUGACAUGUAUGACCUCAUGUCCCGCCUGGUUCGAAACGAAACAGCAUAUUUCUACUGGACGACACGACGGGAUUGCAUCGACUGUCGCUCCUUACGGAAUGACCAAAUGACCAAUCACUAUGCAAAUGCUGGAACUUUUACCACCAAGGUGGGGCUCUGUGUGAACCUGCGUAACCUUCAGUGGUUUGAUACAGCAGAUCCUGAUACCUUCUUCCCACGAUGCUACAGGCUUGGGGCAGAGGAUGAGAAGCAUGCAUUCAUAGAGGACUUCAGGAGGACAGCUUGCACCAGCCUGCUGCAGCAUGUGGUCGAAACAAGUAGAUGGGGAGCAGUGAGAGAGGGAGCAGUGGUCCGAGAACAAAAAGCCAAAAACAGCGUCUCUGAAAAGUUGGAUCAUGUGGGGCAUCGAUUUGUUGGUCUAGAAAUGAUCAACACAGCUUUAUACGUGUGUCAAAAGUUUCUCAGUGUUUUAGAGCAUGGUGACAUUGAUGUAACCGUGGAAACGCCCCCUGCCGUGGAGGAACAGCAGUGGACAGAGUUUCUGCAAGACUACUACAUGGUUGUGCAUGAAGGUGCAUUGAUCAGGGGUAGCAGUGUGUUUGUGGAGCGCUGCCAAGCCAUGUUAACGAAACUGCAGGAAGCUUGCCCUCAGCUGGACACAGAUGGACUGAAUAACAUCUGGAUCAUCAAACCGGGUGCCAAGUCGAGAGGACGAGGUAUUAUGUGUAUGAAUCACCUGGACGAGAUCUUGGCACUCGUUGACACAGACAGAGCCAUGACUAAGGAGAGUAAGUGGGUGGUUCAGAAAUACCUGGAACGUCCUCUGUUGAUCCACGGCACCAAGUUUGACCUCCGUCAGUGGUUCCUCGUCACUGACUGGAACCCUCUGACUGUGUGGUUCUACAGAGAGUGCUACCUGCGGUUCUCCACUCAGCCCUACUCAACAAAAACUCUGGACAGCUCAGUCCACCUGUGCAACAACUCCAUCCAGAAGCACUUCCAACCAUCUCACAACCGUCAUCCAGGCCUACCUCAGGACAAUAUGUGGUCCUGCUCUGAGUUUAGGGCUUUUCUGCAGCAGCAAGGCUGUGGAGCAAAAUGGGAGUCAGUGGUGGUCCCUGGCAUGCAGCAAGCAGUGGUCCGCGCCCUGCAAACAGCCCAGGACAUAAUCGAGCCCCGCAAGUCAAGCUUUGAGCUCUACGGAGCAGACUUUAUGCUGGGCAGAGAUCUGAGGCCUUGGCUGCUAGAGAUCAAUGCCAGUCCGACUAUGUCCUGUUCCACUGCUGUGACUGCCCGCCUCUGCCCUGCUGUGCAGCUGGACACACUGAGGGUUGUGCUGGACUGGCGGACUGAUUCCAGUGCUUACACAGGAGGCUUCCAGCUGAUCUACAAACAGGCUGCAGUUGAAAUUCCUCAGUAUGUGGGUGUCAACCUGCUGGUGGAGGGAGCCCCCGUGAGGCGACCCAGACCUCUCCUUCAGAGGCAAACUGCUAUUUCUUAUGCACCUCUCACUACCCAGUUCCCCCCAGACCACACAUCUUCAGAGGGGGUUGAAACGACACAUAAACCAUCAGGUCAGAAGCCGCAUGCUGUUGCUGCUUUUCGCCAUUCGGGCAAGGAGAACCGAGCUGUUGGAGAGAAAAUGACACAGCUGACAUCAACAUCUCCAAAGAGGGGGCGUGAAGGGAGAACAGACAUUCAAAAUACCCAGAAUACCUCCUGUGUUCGCAGGUCCUGCCGCAGUCUUCUGUCUGAGCAGCCUUUGGUGGUACACACUGAACCUCAGCGGAAAGCGCGACGUUUGGGUUGGAGUCUUGGUGCCAACGGGGCAACUCUAGUCCCACGCAGUCUUUCCUUUUCCCUCAGCCCCCCUCACAGCGUGCCACAUUGUAAAACUCAGCCCAGUCCAGGCCUUGGAUCCCACAUCCCUAGAUCCUUCCUUCCCCAGACGGGUGUUGAGCCCCAGCACAGGACUUCUACCCGGGUCUUUCCUUCACUCCAGGGUCCCCUCCCUACCUUGGAGAUCUUAAGCUUGCGACCAAACAUUGUGGCUGGAACGGUUGCCUGUCGCAAUCCAGCUUUAUCCUCUCACCCGAGCCUCUACAAGCAUCACGUAUUCCUCCGUUCUCAUAGGCGAAGCGUGGCCAAAUAUAAAGGAGAGUGCACAGGGGAACAUAAACAUUAAUGGUGUUGAGUGUAAAGGUGGAAAGCAGAUAGCAGGGAGUGGUGAAGAGGAUUUCUCAGCAACAACAUUUAUAUUAAUUUAUAUUUUAAUGGAAUGGAAUGAACAAUGUAUUACCCUAUCAGAUCAGGGGUUAACCAUUAUUGUGAUGCAUAAGAUUUUGUUUGUAGAAAGUUAAUAUAAUCAUGCAGCUUUAAAGAUUAAAUAUCAUGGUAAAUAUGUGUAAAUUGUUACACAGACAAUAAUUUUUAAUGGUAGAUUUGAAUAAUGUCUUAUUUUGGAUGAUUGCUGGUUGAAAUCUAGAUUAUGAAUACUGUAAACAUUCAAUGUUGUGUUGAAGCUCAUUUGUAUUAAACCAGACAAAAACAAGCCAACUUUUGAGGACAAAUAAUUUGCUCAAAAUUAAUGUUGCUGACAAGGAUGUGGGUAUUUUAAAUCCCCAGCAGGUGGCAAUAAAGGUUCAAUGAUCUAAUGGUAUGUUUAUGUCAAAGCUUUGACUGGGAAAGGGAAUAACAGGAUGGUACAGAUUAGAAUAGCCCUUGAAUAGAAGUUGGUUGAGCAACAGUUGUUUAUUUUGACAUUUCAGCCUUUUAAUAUAAUGUGCAAAUAUCUUGUAGUUUUACAAAUGGGUACUGCGACAGAGCUUCAGUAGUGUCAGUGCUUGUCAACUCAUCAACAUAGCUUUCCUGAAUGAUUAAGGCACCACUACAAAUGGAAUUGCCACAUAUUUGACCAAAUGGAUUUAAUUUGUUGCUAAAAAUUCUGAAUUACUAUGGGAGCUUGUCUGAAGUACGUGGCUAAAAUAAUAACCUACUGAAAGUGACACAUUAGAAAGAUAAUUUUUUUGGUGGAAUUUUUGCCCUUAAUUGGACAGAUUGACAGAAAUAGAAACAGACAGGAAACAAUGUGGGAGGGAGAGAUGGGUAUGACGUGCAACAAAGGUCAAAGCAGAGAUGUUGUGGUUACAUGUUAUGCAUGUUAAACGCUUGGCCUCCUGGACCCAACUACUGAGAAAUCUUAAAGGAAGGGAUCAUUUAACUAUAAAAGAUUGUUAAAUUGGCUGAAAUAAUGGAUAAGCAACGCUUCUAAAAUCAGCUUGCUAAUGGUAUCUCAUGACCACAGCUACAACAAGAGACUGUUUAGAUGGGACUCAUGCCAUUUAGGGUGCAGGCCAUGGCCUGAGUCUGUACAAACAAACCAAAUAUGGAAUACAACUAUACUCCGACAGCUCAGAAAUGAUAACGGAAACAUUAAUAGUAUGUGGUUGAAAAGUUUAUGAUGUUGAGCAUUGAUGCUGGAUGUUCUGGGCUGCUGUAGAAAUGCAAACGUGUUGCAGCAUGAGAUGAAGCUAUGAUUAUAAACGCUAUGAUGUAGCUGAAAAAUGGGAUUGCUCAACACAGGAUUUGGUGAUGAGUAGUAUUUAUUAUGAUUUAUGCAUCUACGUUUUUGAUGUACAUCUGCAGAAUGCAGAGUAUAGUGCCAAGAGUGUAAUUACAGAGAAAGAUAUCACAAGUAAAUAAACGCAUGUUAUAUUGAGUCAUACGGCCAGUAAAAGCAUGGGGAAUGUUUCCUUGUCAUGCAGAUGGAUCCUGAUUAUUGCCUCAGGACAUUAACAGAAACUGUUUACAUUCAUGCGUGUUUACUUGUUUUAGUGGGCACAGACGGUUACCCAGCAGGAGAUCUGGGCUACAGCGCUGUCAUUACAUAAGUGUUCCCUGUGACAUGAAUGUUUUGUUGCUGUAAAAGAACUAAAUCUGGACAAAUUGAAUUUCAUUACUAGAUGUUUUCACACACUCCCUUCUCUUUCACACACAUACAGUCAAAGCAAAUUUCCACGGGAAAAAAAUACUUUAUUAAUACACUUAUAUAAUGUAUAUCAACAUUUAUAGACAAAAUAUGUACAUCAAACAUCUUUCAUGUAGGUCCCAAAAUAUAAAAU